AUCCACCCAAUCACUUCACAGCAACUCCUGAUUCUUUGCUCGCUAACCCUCAUAGAACAACCGUCCUCAGGUCUCCACUCUCUAAAGAGCGAAAAUGAAGAGUGAAUCAGCAGCGAUUGAUAUCCCAGAGUCUAGCUCUGUUGCUAAAGGAAAAGCACCUCUCAUAGCUGUUUCCAGGGAUGAAAAGGGAGGAUACGGGAAGGGGAUUGCCAUAUUUGACUUCAUUCUAAGGCUAGCUGCUAUUGCGACUGCUCUAGCUGCUGCUGCUGCCAUGGGAACUAGUGAAGAAACCCUCCCAUUCUUCACUCAAUUCUUCCAGUUCCAAGCUAGCUAUGAUGAUCUUCCCACUUUCCAGUUUUUCGUCAUUGCAACCGCAUUUGUUGGUGGCUACCUGGUCCUUUCCCUUCCACUCUCCAUAGUAGGUAUUGUCCGCCCACAUGCAGUUGGACCAAGGCUCCUGCUGAUUAUUUUGGACACUGUUGCACUUCCCCAAAACCCCGCUGCUGGGGCUGCAGCUGCUGCCAUAGUCUACUUGGCCCACAAUGGCAACCCAAACACAAACUGGCUUGCUAUCUGUCAACAGUAUGGUGAUUUCUGCCAGAAAGUCAGUGGAGCUGUGGUGGCAUCACUCAUCACUGCUGUCAUCUUCGUGUUUUUGAUUGUGCUUUCAGCUUUCGCUCUGCGAAGGCAUUAAGAGAAAAAAAGAGUGAAACUUGUUCUGUUUUAUCUCUGGACUUGUUUGGUGUUUAUGUUGUUGUUAUCAUUGUUAUUUUCAGUGUUCUUAUUGUAUAAUGGUGAGAGUAAUGGUGUGAUUUACAGUAAUGUAAGAGAUGAUUACAAUGAAAA